AUGGCCCGGCCUCCCACAAAGCUCGACUUGGCUAGUGGACAAGAACUUAUAGUCCCACCCAAUGGGCCGCUACCCAAGUUUUAUCCUCCACCUAGGGGCAUAAAGAUCAUCCCUAUAUACGAUGACGAACGCACGUUUCCCUGGUCUCAUCAUGAAUAUCGUCCUCAAACAUCGGAGCGAGAGCGCUCACGUUCACGUUCUCAUUCCCGUUCUCACAGACGCGAUCGCUCAAAGAGCCGCGUAGUAUACACAGAUUCUGAGUAUAGCCAUUCAGGAUCAUAUGUCUCGUCAUCAAGAACUUCAUCUCACGGACGUGGCCGCUCACCACUCCCGUCUGAGCGGUAUCGUGAGGACAGAUAUGAAGAACCUCACCGUGGGCAUUCCAGAAGCCGAUAUACCGCCUCGGAGGUUGGUGCAGGAUCCUUGCAUCAUCAUCAUCAAAACGAUCGCAACUCAGACUUCUUAUACAAUUUACACCACGGGCGUCGACCAGAGUCGGUCGCCCCCUCAGGAAGAUCGGGAAGCACUGUCAGGGGGCACCGUUAUGGCUCAAGAUCAAAUUCUGACAUUCCUGAUAUUCGUAACUUUCUGGAAGACGUACAGAAAUACCUCAAGAUUCUGCCUCCUGCUAAAGAUUUCUGUUAUUCAAGGUGUACUGGCAGAAAGAAGGCAGUUUGCAUUGGCAUCAACUACGUAGGACAGAAAGAUGAACUGAGAGGUUGUGCAAACGAUGCCAGGAAUAUGAGGAAAUUUAUCAUGGACAAUUAUGGUUUCCAGUCGCAGGAUAUUCUACUCAUUGUUGACGACGGGCAUGCAAAUUCAUCUUUACGACCGACAAGGAAAGAAAUGUUCAAUGCCAUGCGAUGGCUCGUCAAAGGUGCACAAAUGCACGAUUCAUUGUUCUUCCAUUAUUCUGGUCAUGGAGGCCAGUCUCCUGAUGCUUCUGGUAGGGAAGCAGAUGGCAUGGAUGAAGUUAUAUAUCCUGUUGAUUAUGAUUCCAGUGGAGAUAUCAUUGACGACGAAUUACAUCAGGAGUUGGUGGCCCCUCUUCCUCCAGGAUGUCGCCUGACUGUAACCUUCAGAGGAACGGUGCUAGAUCUUCCGUAUCUCCACUCAGCACAUGGUCGUUUAAGAGGGUUGAGGCAUGUAAGUAAGCGCUGCCAGAAACGGGGGGUUGCUCCUGGAGCAGAUGUCAUAUCGUUUUCUGCCUGCAAAGAUGAUGAAACAAGCGCGGAUACAUUCUCAGGAGGUGUUGCAACGGGAGCGAUGAGCCAUGCCUUUGUCCAGAGUCUGGAAGGGAACCCUAACCAGACAUACGAGGAACUUCUGCAACACCUGCGUGAUAUCCUGAUUCCCAAGUAUCACCAAAAGGCCCAACUUUCCGGGACGCAUCCUAUCGAUCUCAAUCGAACAUUUAUCUUAUGA